AUGGUGAGACCAGUAGUCUCAAAGGAUUUAGGGGUACUUUCUAGCGUCCCACCUCGUCGGGAAGUGAUUGAAGAAAAACGCAAAGUCCUCAAAGUCGGUAUAACAUAUCCAGAAGAGACGAGGUAUACUGCUGCAUUGCGUGUAUUUGCUCAAUUCACGAAAUGGAUUAAAGCAGAAAGUCUGUGUGUAACUAUGUCUCCUACAAAUGCGGAAGUUGAACGCAUGCGCGACAUCAUUCCGAAAAACCAGAAAUUUUCUUGUAACAUAUUUGGAGUUGAAACGAAAAAUCCAUCGUUAGCCAAAUUAUUUAUGGAACAUCUACAACCUGGUUGUAGUCUGUUGAUGAAUGAAUAUACACAAUUGGAUGGAGAUGAAUCUAUGCUGGAUCACGACUUUUUUGAUACAGAUGUUGUGAGUUUAAUCGUAAAGUUUCUCACUUUGGGACACUGA